AAUUUGGGUUGCGAUUAGCUCGCACGCCGUGUUCCCGGAACUCAGAGGUCGUCGCGCGAAGGCUGAAGGGAGCCUGGGGGUCCGGCUGCUCGUCCUGUGGUGCGGUGGGCGCCGGAACCGGGGAGCCGGCAUGCCUCGCUAUGCGCAGCUGGUCAUGGGUCCCGCGGGCAGCGGGAAGAGCACCUACUGUGCCACCAUGGUCCAGCACUGUGAAGCCCUCAAUCGGUCUGUCCAAGUUGUGAACCUAGAUCCUGCAGCAGAACACUUCAACUACCCCGUGAUGGCUGACAUCCGGGAACUGAUCGAGGUGGAUGAUGUGAUGGAGGACGAGUCUCUGCGGUUUGGUCCUAAUGGAGGAUUGGUAUUUUGCAUGGAGUACUUUGCCAAUAAUUUUGACUGGCUAGAGAACUGUCUUGGCCAUGUGGAGGACGACUACAUCCUUUUUGACUGUCCAGGUCAGAUUGAGUUGUACACCCACCUGCCCGUGAUGAAACAGCUGGUCCAGCAGCUAGAACAGUGGGAGUUCCGAGUCUGUGGAGUUUUUCUUGUUGAUUCUCAGUUCAUGGUGGAGUCAUUCAAGUUUAUUUCUGGCAUCUUGGCAGCCCUGAGUGCUAUGAUCUCUCUAGAAGUUCCACAAGUUAACAUCAUGACAAAAAUGGAUCUGCUGAGUAAGAAAGCAAAAAAGGAAAUUGAGAAGUUUCUAGAUCCAGACAUGUAUUCUUUAUUGGAUGAUUCUACAAGUGACUUAAGGAGCAAAAAAUUUAAAAAAUUGACUAAAGCUAUCUGUGGACUGAUUGACGACUACAGCAUGGUUCGAUUUUUGCCUUACGAUCAAUCAGAUGAAGAAAGCAUGAACAUUGUAUUACAGCAUAUUGAUUUUGCCAUUCAGUAUGGAGAAGACUUAGAAUUCAAAGAACCAAAGGAACAUGAAGAUGAGUCUACUUCUAUGUUUGAUGAAUAUUUUCAAGAAUGCCAGAAUGAAUGAGGAAUUUAUUAAAAAGUAACUAUAUAUGUGAAGAGCUUGUGGCUGAACCAACAGAAUAUUCUUCUCUUCAGAGGAUGCAAUACCAGAAAGCUACUUAUUUUAAUGGGCUUUUUAUCAGCAGCAUGCCUGAAUCACGUUCUAAGUUAUUCUGAACCUACUGCUGUUGAAAGUGGAAUCUUUUAGUAUUAUUUUAACUGCAUCAAUUUAGAUUUUAAAAGGCAAAAUUGAAAAGAAUGCACAUAGAUUUGUAUAUAAUAUAAAUUAGCACCUGUGGUAUAAUUAAGACCAGUCUACCUUUAUUUUUACUGUUUGAUUUUUGUUAUUUUUGAAGGUUUUUUUGGAGGGGCAGUAAUUAAUUGUAACAAAUAUACAUAUGUCUGUCCAAAGGGAAAAAUCUGGAAGAAUAUAGAUAUGAUCGUUGCUUAUCUGAAUCUUCCAGUUUUCCUACAUUGAAAAUGUAUUAUUUGUAUAAUUAAAAGAUGAAAAGUAUGUUUUAAGAUAUGUGUAUAUAAAUAAAAGAAACAGAAAGAUAGCACCAACUUUUCAUUACACUGGUAUUUUCUAGUCAGAAUUUGAAGUACUCACCAAAUUUUUGAAUGAGUAAAUUUCCCAAAGUGUCAAAAUGUAGGCAGCGAUUUCUUUAAAAAUGCAGUGUAUGGUCUCUGAGAGUUUAAAAAUGUAUGCUUUCCUUGAAUAAUGGCAGAUGUACACAGAAA